GCCGACGCGGGUCCCGCCCCUCGCACCGCGGGAGGCGGAUAGGAACGGCCCACCGAGCUGCUACCACCCUUCGCUCCCAGCUCGCUGACAUCAUGCUCCAGUUCCUGCUUGGAUUUACUUUUGGCAACCUGGUUGGAAUGUAUCUGGCUCAGAAUUAUGACAUACCAAACCUGGCUAAAAAACUUGAAGAAAUUAAAAAGGACUUGGAUGCCAAGAAGAAACCCCCUAGUUCAUGAGGCCAACUCCGGCGCUGCCUCCAGGAAAUCCUGGCCGUACUCUUCUCCGGGCCUCCUCUACAUCUGAACCAAAGCUCUGUCUUACCUCCAGCAUCAGCCUUUGCUAGACCCUGCGCUGCUUCGAGCACAAAUGGGGCCACGAGUUAAGAACUGUCCGUCCUUACUUUCCCAACAUCUCACCUCUUCCCUGCCUCCGUCCAGCUGCUUGGGAGGUCCUAAGACUGGAAUUAUGGUGCUAGAUUAGUAAACAUGACCUUUAAUUAGUAGUCUCUCCCUUAUUCUUUGGGAUUUCUACUGCCUUUUUCAAAAGAAAAAUCGAUGAGUUUUGUAUAGCUAAUCAGAUAUAAAUAAUAUUGAUUUCAUAGGUUAGCAAUGAUAAUGAGUGUUGAAACAUUUGGUAUUAAAUCAUGUUGUUUCCAGGUCAUUAAAAUUACAAUGUAGAAGCCAGUUUCUGGUGAAUUACCCAUUUAUUUUAUACUGUUCUCAGUAUAACUGACAUAUGACUCCACAGUUGCUCAUUUAACCAGUAAAUCAAUUUGCUACCCAUCAACUGAGAAACUAGUCUGAGAACCCAUCAGAAACUGGGGAAUUAAAAAUAUGUAAAAUGGUGGUCUUUGUCCUCAGUAGACUUCGUAGUCUUGAAUACAUGCUUUCCCUUAGUGAUGUAUUUGAUCUGACUCUUUUUCCUCAAGAGAAUCACGUGUAUUUUAAGUAUAGGUGUAUUUGACAUUACGUGAUGGAUAAAUGAGUUUUAUAUAAAGGAAAUUGUAUGCCUUUUCACAUUUUAAAAAAAUGUAUUUACAUUAUAGCUUCAUAGUGGUUCUCACAAGAACACUUUUUUUUGUUGCAAUCAGAAAUUAUCAUUGUAAUUUGUCAAAUAUAUAAUCGGUCCGUUUUAAAAAAGUAAACAAAAAUGUUUGAAUGCAUCACUUUUCCCGUGGGUCAAGAUACAAGAGUGAUUUAGACUAAAGGGCUUCUCCCACCUCUAGCUCCUAGUUCCUCUUCCUGGAGGUAGGCACUGCCACCAGCUCACUGUGCCUAAACACGUGUGCAUGGGCUGUUUGCACAAAUGAUGACAAACUAUACAUAGAUUCUUUCAGCACCCCCCCCCCCCCUUCAUAUGAGUAUGUAGGGAACAAAGAAUCUCUACUUUUUUGGCUACAUAAGAUUCUGUUGAGUGAAUACACCAUAAUUUAUUUAAUCUAUUAUCACUGAUGAAUAGUUAGGCUGUUUCCUGUCUUUUGCUGUUACAGUGAUAACCUUGAACCUAAUGUUACUAUACGUAUCUAUGCAGGGUAUAGCCAUAAGCUAACAUCCUAAAACUAUAAUUUGCACUAAAUAUAAGUAAAGUCUCAUUUUACUGUGUGUUUUGUUUCAGAGGGCUUAUUGGGCAGCUUCACAGAUAAUGCCAUUUCUGAGGACAUUUUAGCAGAAUCAGCAAACUGGAAGAUUAUUUACCUUUUUUCAGACAGCGAUGAUGCUGAUACUACAUGUGAUUAUAAACUGAAGUGAUUCUGCUUCUCUUUGAAAACAUGGAUCUCUCCUACAUGGAGAUAAGUUUUAUCCAUCAGUUCAUCCUGGUAUGUGAGACAGAUUAGGAUCACAAUAUGGUUUGGCUUCUCCCUAGCAGUGUGACUGUGGGCAAACAGCUUACUUUUCUGAAACUGUUGUAUUCUCUGUAAGAUCUGGACACAAUACCUACCUCACAGGGCUUCCAAGAGAAACACUUGUGAUAAUGUAUGUGCUGCACGGUGCUUUGCAAAUUUGCCCAAUAAAUAGUAGAUUUUAGUCCAAA